AUUUCACGUGUUCAAGUGAGGAGGUAGGUGUUUCGGGAGAGACAGAAAGUGAACACCCACUUUGACGUCGCCUGGGGCCACCGUCGCCGCUUUUCCGACCAGCGAGGCUCCUGUCCCCUAAAGAGUUCGGCGGUCACGUGACAUGUAAACAAGAUGGUGACGAAAAUAGGCGUCGAAGAGGCAGGACAGGAAGCGAUGAACGGAAACACGCCGAAGAAGAAUGACCAAGCCGUCAUCGAAAUGAAAGGCAGCGAAGAGGCCAACGGCGGGGCCAGAGACGAAGGCGACGACAAGAAAGACGACACGAAAGAUGGCGACAAGAAGGAAGACGCUCUCCCGCCGGUGCCUGUGUUCCAGAUGUUCCGGUACGCGAGCGUGAAAGAGAAGUGGCUGAUGUGCGCGGGCGUGCUCGCGUCGCUGCUCGCGGGCAUCUGCAUGCCGGCCAUGUUCAUUCUCUUCGGCGACGUUACCGACGCCUUCGUCUACAACGACCUCCUCACCAGCAUCAAUAAUGAGACAAACUUUUCCGCGAUCAUAGCUGUGAAUCCCGGCAUGGAGAAUGCGACGAUCGAUGAAAUCAUCGAGUUCAUCGCAGCCUCUUACGGCAUCGAGGACUUCUUCCAAGAAAUCGUGAAGUUCGGGGCCGGCACCUUCAUCAUCGGCGCCGUCCAGAUGGUCAUGGGCUACAUCUUCGUGGCGUCCAUGAACUACGCGGCAGAAGGACAGGUAUAUAGGCUGCGAGGUAUGUUCCUUAAGAGCAUCUUAAGACAAGAAAUCGGCUGGUUUGAUACUCAUCAGACCAAUGACUUUGCCAGCAGAGUUACCGAGGAUUUGAAUAAAUUACAAGAAGGAAUUGGCGAGAAAGUGGGCAUGUUCAUCUUCUUCAUGACCAUCUUCAUAGCCUCUCUCAUCAAUGCCUUUGUCCACGGAUGGGAACUCACGCUGGUCAUUCUGUCUGUGUUCCCACUCUUAGGAAUCUCUACUGGAAUAAUUGCAAAGGUCCAGUCUAGCUUAACAUCAGUAGAGAUGAAAGAGUAUGCAAAAGCAGGCAGUAUCGCAGAGGAAGUGAUAUCAGCCAUCAGGACAGUGGUUGCCUUCGGAGGAGAAGCGAAAGAAGUCGAAAGGUACGACGCCAACCUCGUGCACGCCAGGCGAGCGGGCGUGAAGCGAGGCCUCGUGACGGGCGUGGGCAUGGGCUUGAUGUGGUUCCUGAUCUACGCGUACCUGGCCUUCUACUACGGCACCGGCCUCAUUCUUGAGUCGAGGGCGGACCCCGAUAGCAAUUUCAACCCCUCCAAUCUCAUCAUUGUGUUCUUCAGCGUGCUGAUGGGUGCCAUGAAUGUCGGCCAGGCAGCUCCAUACAUCGAGGCUUUCAGCGUGGCCAGGGGAGCAGCUGCGAACAUCUUUGAUAUUAUCGAAAGAAAAUCAGCCAUUGACCCUACUGGUUCUGAAGGAGAAAAGCCUCCUUCAGUGAAGGGAAUGAUUGAGUUCAAAGAUGUCCGCUUCAGCUACCCAUCAAGACCGGACGUGAAGGUGCUGCAGGGCGUGUCGCUGAGCAUAGAACCGGGGCAGACCGUGGCCCUGGUGGGUUCCUCCGGCUGCGGCAAGUCGACCUGCGUCCAGCUCAUACAGCGGUUCUAUGACCCACUGGAUGGCCAUGUGUUCCUAGACGGCCGUGAAAUAAAGAGUCUGAACAUCGGUUGGCUGCGAGACCAGAUCGGGGUCGUGGGCCAAGAGCCGGUCCUGUUCGCGACCACCGUUGCCGAGAACAUCAGGUACGGCCGCGAAGGCGUCUCCAUGGAGGACAUUCAGGCGGCGGCCAAAGAAGCCAACGCCCAUGACUUUAUCAUGAAGCUGCCGAAGAAAUACGAAACGAACGUCGGCGAGCGAGGGAGCCAGAUGUCGGGCGGACAGAAGCAGCGCAUCGCCAUCGCGCGCGCGCUCGUCAGGCAGCCCAGGAUCCUGCUCCUGGACGAGGCCACGUCGGCGCUGGACACGCAGAGCGAGGCCAUCGUGCAGCAGGCGCUCGACAAGGUGAGGAAGGGGCGCACAACGGUGGUCGUGGCGCACCGUCUGUCCACCAUCAAGCCGGCAAACAAGAUCGUGGUUUUCAACAAGGGGAAGAUCGAGGAAGUGGGAACUCACAACGAACUGAUGAAGCUGCAGGGGCUUUAUUACAACCUCGUCACAGCCCAAGUCAGCCCGCAGGAGGAAAAGGAGAACAAGAGCAGCCCGCAGAAGGAGAAGGCCGAGGACGAGGCGGCCUUCAUCGACGGCGAAGCCCUCUCGGAGUUGAGUCAGGACAUCAUCGAGGACCUGGCCAGCAUGUCCCCGGCGGCCCUCACCCGCAGCCCGUCCAUCCGCCAGUCGCUCAAGAGGCGCCGCGCUUCGUCCGCCAAGGCUGUCAAGAGCCCCGUGCGGAACGUGCAGGAGAAGGAAGAGGAGGAGGCCCUGCCGGAAGUGGCCACGUGGGAAAUCAUCAAGAAGAACGCCUCUGAAUGGCCGUACAUCGUCGGGGGCAUCCUGGGCUCUGCCAUCCAAGGGACGACCAUCCCCCUCUACGCUAUAUUAUUUGGCGAAAUCCUCGGGACUCUGUCCAUUGCCGAGGAAGAGAAAGCCAGGAAUGAAGCCAACUUCUAUGCCUUGCUUUUCCUUCUAAUUGGCAUUGUUGCAGCGCUGUCUAUGUUUAUGCAGGCAUACAUGUUCUCACUCUCCGGAGAAAUAUUGACGGCGAGAUUACGUAAGUUGACCUUUGCUGCCAUGGUGCGACAGGAGGUGGGCUGGUUCGAUGAAGAGAGGAACUCCGUCGGGGCUCUGUGCUCCAAGCUGUCGGGAGAUGCUUCGGCCAUACAAGGGGCGACGGGCUCUCGCGUGGGCACCAUCGUCCAGGCAAUCACCACCCUGGGCAUCAGCAUUGUCCUCGCGCUGUACUACGACUGGCGCCUCGGCCUGGUCACGCUGCCCUUCAUCCCCUUCGUGCUGGUGGCGGUGUACCUGCAGAGCAAGAUCCUGAUGGGGCAGAGCGUCACCGAGUCCAAGGUCCUAGAGAACGCGGGGAAGAUAGCCAUAGAAGCCAUUACAAACAUCCGCACAGUUGCUGGCCUCCACAAGGAAGAGCAUUUUGCUAAUGAAUACUCGAAGGCUCUACUUAAACCUCACGAGGAAGCAUUAAAGAAAUCACAUUUGAGAGGUGCUGCUUUCGGAUUCGCUCAGGCGAUGCCCUUCUUUGCUUAUGCUGUCAGCAUGUUCUAUGGAGGAUACCUGGUCAAUGAGAAUCAAUUGACGUACGAAAAGCUUUUCAAAGUCGCCGAGGCCCUGAUCCUGGGCACGAUGAUGGUGGGUCAGGCCGUGGCCUUCGCGCCCAACUACAGCAAGGCCAAGGUCGCUGCGGCCAGGAUCUUCCAGCUGCUGGAACGGCGACCUGCUAUCGAAACGUCAUCGGGAGUCGGCCUUCGUCUCAGUGGCCACGUGGAGAACAUAGAGCUGCAGGACGUGCACUUCACGUACCCGACGCGGCCGGACGUUCCCAUUCUGAACGGGCUGGGAGUGCGGGUGGGGCGAGGCAAGACCUUGGCCCUGGUUGGGAGUUCGGGCUGCGGCAAGUCGACCAUAAUCAGCCUCCUCGAGAGAUUUUACGACCCCAAAAGUGGUCGGAUUACCAUCAGCGGAGAAGAUAUACAAGCCCUAAACGUGGGCUGGGUCAGGAACCAGUUGGGUCUCGUGUCUCAGGAGCCUGUGCUGUUUGACCUGACCAUCGCGGAAAACAUUGCUUAUGGGGACAACUGCCGUGUCGUGGGCCAUGAAGAGAUCAUCAGGGCCGCCAAGCAAGCCAAUAUUCACAGUUUCGUUGAGUCUUUGCCUCAGGGUUAUCAAACAAGGGUCGGUUCAAAGGGAACUCAGUUGUCCGGAGGGCAGAAGCAGCGCAUUGCGAUUGCUCGAGCUCUUGUGAGAAAUCCCAGUGUGCUUUUGUUAGAUGAGGCGACGUCUGCGCUGGAUACCGAGAGCGAAAAGGUGGUCCAAGAGGCCCUGGAAAGAGCCCAAGAGGGUCGAACCAGCAUCAUCAUCGCGCAUCGCCUCUCCACGAUCCAGAACGCUGACACCAUCGCCGUGGUACAAGGGGGCUGCGUGGUGGAGGCUGGAACGCACGAGGAACUCAUGAAGAAACAAGGACACUAUUACGACCUUUAUCAGACCAACCACUAAGGCUUUGUCCUUGAAAUCUGGUCACAGUUAUUUCAUGACAUGAAGUCUAAUUCUCGAAAAACAAAUCAUGAAAUCUAAUCAUACAGGAACGUGUUUCAUGAAAUCUGAAAGUAAAGUGUCCCGAUCAAUGAAAUCUAACCAUAAAGGAACCUAUUUCAUGAGCUCUCAAUGGGACCCGUUUCACGAAAUCAUAGGGGAACCUGUUUCAUGAAAUCUGACCUGAAAGCGACACGUUUCACGAAAUCGAAUCCUAACGAAACACACGUCGUGGCGCCGAAUCCUAAAGGGCCCGCGUAACGAAAUCCGAUUACAAAGGAACCUAUUUCAUGGAAUCUGACCAUGAAGGAACCUGUUUCAAGAAAUUUAGUAGCAAAGAAUUAUUUUGAAAUGUUCAAUCAGAUUUAUUUUCUUAAGAAAGCAAUGCACGUAGAAUUACGUUUAACGAAGCUAAAUCACAAAGAAUUAUUUUUUUAUGAACUUGGGAGAACCUUGUAGUGUAUGUACGUCUCGCCACUUCAUGA